GCUCGUUGUGACCACAACGUCAAACAUUGAAUUGAAGACAUCCAUCAAACAUCUUCAACAUCUAGUUUCCCAAAUUCGAAAUCACAACUGGUCACAAUCCGUUUACUUGGUCGGACAAUCAGUACUGUUUCCCAGAAACUGUAACGUUCAUGCCGCGCCGCAAGCAUCAAUUCCUCGACGAAGAUUCCGGCUCUUCAGACGGCUCAGAAGCUGACUUUAACCUAGACGAAAAUGAUCCAGACGCGCGUGCUGAGCGCGCCCUCUUUGAAAACUCGCAUAAACGACGUCGGAAGAAUGACAAAGAAGCCGCAAUUUACGGCGUAUUUGGCAGCGACAGUGAAGAUGAGGGCUACGGUGGCCUGGGCUCAAAACGCAAGAGAAACGACUGGACGAAGGCUCCCGCGUUUGUAGCGAGGGGGCAGGUAGACCUGGAGAAAGGUCUGGAGGUGCAGGAGGAUGAAGCAGGGGAAGGGGAACAGGAAGCGCUUGAUGAAGUCGAUGAAGGUCGACAGUUCCGAUGACGACGUAGAGCAGGUUGAGUACGCCGAGGACGAUAAAGAUCAAGAUGAGCCCUCAGCGCCCGCUUCGCCCCGGAUAUACGGUCACGAGGAGGAUGAACCGCCAGAGCGGCCAGCGUUUGGCGGCCUUGGUUCAACUGGAGCUGAAUCGGCACCUUCACUGCAGAGCUUUACGAGAGGUGGCAUAGGAUCUUCGAAAGGCGGGAUCGGCUCGAAAGGUGGGAUAGGUUCUUCUGCCAAGAGUGGUUUCGGCAAUUCUACAAGAGUUGGGUUUGCAACUGCAGGUAUGGGAUUCACCAAAGGUGGUAUUGGUUCUACGUUUAGUGCACCAUCCGAGCUCCCUGUAGAGCCUGCUAUCGCUUCCCCCGCCCCCACCAAAUUAGCCUCUACAUCCGAGUUUCCAACUGCCUUUGGCGCUAGCAGUGUCCCUCGCGUCCAACGCUCUUUCCUCCGCAGCGGGUCUUCCUCCACGAGCAAACCAUCCACUCCGCUACCUGCACAUGAGCAAGCACAUUUCAGCAAGAUUGGUAGUACCCUCGGUGCUCAAAUGCUUGCGAAGAUGGGGUGGCAGGCUGGUACUGGUCUCGGUGCGACUGGGGAGGGUAUUGUCAUCCCAAUCGAGAGUAAGCUGCGUCCAAAGAAAAUGGGUAUCGCGUUCAAGGGAUACAAGGAGAAGACGGAGCAAAGCAAGCUUGAGGCUAGAAGGAGGGGAGAGGUAGUCAGUGACGAUGAGGAAGAAGUGCGCCCGGGACUGAAGAAGAAGGGCGAUGCGAAGGAGAAGAGGAGCGAUGCUUGGAAGAAGCCGAAGAAGGUGAAGACGAAGGUGGAACAUAAGACAUAUGAACAGAUUGUUGCAGAGGCUGGACAGGAGCCUGUCUCGUCCGGUAUUGGUCAAAUCAUUGAUGCGACUGGCAGAACGCCUCGUGAAGUUGCAUCACUUGCCGACAUAUCUUUAUCAUCCUGGACGCCAUCAACCGACCCUACACGAAUACCAGAGGUACGACAUAACUUGCGACUUAUCACAGAUGCAUGCAAAAAUGAUCUUGACGGGCUUGCACGUGAAGCGAAAGCUCUUGAGGAACGUAAAAGAUUUAUCGCUCAAGAGAAUGCUCGUCUGCAAAAGAAAGUCGCCGAUGAGGCUGAACUCAUUUCACGGCUACAGCAGGUGAACCUUGUCGUAGAUGAUAUUGGCGUAAAGGCGAAGGAGCUAGCCUCUGUGUAUGAGGCCACCUUGGAUGAUUUUUCGCCUUUAUUCUCCAUGCUGCUGGUGCAGUACCCAGUAGAAUUCGACAAAUAUCGGUUAGACGAGAUUGUUGUCGCAGCAAUCGCGCCGAUGGUCAGACGUAUCGUUGCACAGUGGAAUCCACUCCAGGACCCUCCAGGCUUGGUCACGACCUUCCGCACAUGGAAGCAAGCGCUGAAAGUUAAUUCUGUCGACAAAAUACCAAAAACUCAGAUUGAUGUCUAUGGCGCACGUACCGUGGCUCCCCCUCCUGCUGUUGAAAACCCCAUGACUCCCUUCGAGUCCCUUCUAUGGAAUGUUUGGCUACCCAAAGUCCGUACCUGUCUUAACAACGAGUGGUCACCCGAGGACCCUACGCCAGCUGUGAAGUUGUAUGAGGCAUGGUCAACGUUCCUCCCGCCAUUUGUACGCGAUAAUAUCCUUGACCAACUCAUACUACCCAAAGUGAGCAAAGCCGUCGCAGACUGGAGCCCGAAGCGCAGUGCGGUGUCCUUGCAUGCACUUGUGUUCCCUUGGCUCCCAUACCUCGGUCUGCGUAUCGACGGUGUUCUGGGUGAUGCCCAAAGGAAGGUCAAGAGCCUUCUCAGGAGUUGGGUACCAGCAGACGGUGCACCCAGGGACCUCGGUGGAUGGAUGGAGGUUUUCGACAAAGGCGAGUGGGACGCGAUGCUCCUCAAGUAUGUCGUGCCGAAAUUGGGCUCGCUAUUGCGCGACGAGUUCCGCAUCAACCCCCGCAACCAGGAUAUGGAACCGUUGAAGCAUGUUCUUGCGUGGUCCACGCUCCUUCGCGGAAGUGUAUUUGUCCAGCUGCUGGAAACCGAGUUCUUCCCGAAGUGGCUGGAUGUACUGCACAUUUGGCUUAUACAGCCAAAAGUCAGUUUCGAGGAAGUUGCGCAGUGGUAUUCCUUCUGGAAGAGCAGUUUCCCAGAGAGCGUGCAGUCUAUGUCAGGUGUUGCGCAUGGAUUCACACGCGGGUUGCAACUGAUGAACACAGCUAUCGAGCUCGGACCUGAUGCUCCUACAAUGCUGAAGCGCCCAGAUCUACGUGCAGAACAGGCGAUUACAAAUGCGUCCACAAAGAAGCAAACUGCACCAAAAGCUCCUGCGCGCAUUCAAGAAAUUACCUUCCGCUCGAUUGUAGAGGAGUUUGCUGCGUCACACAAUCUCUUGUUUAUUCCUACCGGACGUGCACACGAAAAGUCGAGAAUGCCGUUGUUCCGCGUCUCGUCUAGCGUUGGAGGGAAGGGUGGCUUGUUUGUUUAUGUGCAAGACGAUGCAGUGUGGGCGCCUGAUGGGGAUGAGUACCGGGCAAUUACGCUGGAGGAUAUGGUUCUUAGGGCCAGCAAGUAGGAAGCUUCAGCAGUAAUACAUAUUCCGCGUACAUAUGCAGUUGGACGCGUCAUGCCAUGUCCCGACGCGACGGUCAGGUGACCAACAACCUUUCAAUUAAUGGCAGUGUCUCG